UAAACGGCAGUCGAACUCAAAAGAGGGAAAGCGCAGCAGACGUUAUGGACGAAGGAGGAAUCAGGAAGGGAAGAAAAGGGUUGUAACUAACUGUGACUUCACUGUGUAGUCUUGACGUUGGCAAGGGAGAGAGGGAGAAAGGUUCGGAAAGCUCGAGUUGGGUCGAGAAUUGUUUGGAGCGAAUGUGAUUAUUAGAGGGUGAUUGAUUCUCACAAUGGAAGAUUUUAGGCAUUCCCUUGAUGAAAUUCUUGCUACUGUUGAUAAGAUUGAGAAGCAAGUAAACGAGGUUGAACAGUUCUACCAAUCCACUUCUAAUAUUCAAACCAGCGGCAAUGCCAAAGGCAGUUCACUUAUUAAAGACAAGGGGCGAGAGAAGCAUUUUAUUAGUACGGAGAAGCUACAGCAAGAUGCAUCGUGUAGGGAAGCAGCUGCUGCAAAGAGAAUGCAAGAGCUCAUGCGGCAGUUUUCCACAAUAUUUCGCCAGAUUACUCAGCACAAGUGGGCUUGGCCUUUUUUGGAGCCUGUAGAUGUUAAAGGUCUUCAAUUGCAUGACUAUUAUGAGGUUAUUGAAAAGCCCAUGGAUUUCAGUACUAUAAAAAGAAAAAUGGAAGCCAAGGAUGGUACCGGUUAUAAAAAUGUUCGAGAGAUCUAUGCUGAUGUAAGGUUGGUUUUUAAGAAUGCAAUGAAGUACAACGAUGAGAAAAAUGAAUAUCAUGUUAUGGCCAAAUCCUUGCUGGAAAGAUUUGAGGAGAAGUGGCUGCAACUGUUGCCUAAAGUUGCUGAAGAGGAAAAAAGGUUACAAGAGGAUGAAUUGGAAGCACAAUUAGAUAUGCAGCUUGCACGGGAAGCUGCUUAUGCCAAUAUGGCUAGGGAUUUAAGCUCUGAGCUUUUUGAAGUUGAUAAUAAUUUGAAGAUUCUCAAAGAAAUGGUGAUUCAGAAGUGCAGGAAACUGACUUCUGAAGAGAAAAGAAUACUUGGGACUGCCAUCGCGCAAUUGUCUCCAGAAAACAUUAGCAGAGCAUUGGAGAUAGUUGCUGAGAACAACCCCAACUUCCAAGCAACUGCCCGAGAGGUGGACCUUGACAUUGAUGCUCAGAGUGACUAUACACUAUGGAGGCUAAAAGUUUUUGUCAAAGAUGCACUGGAAGUUGACGAAAAGACCACUGUGGACACAGCUUUUAACAAUACUGAUAUCACUGAAGACAAGAAAAACAACUCCAAGAGGAAGAGAGACUUUUUUGAUGCUCAAGCAAAGCCGACCGUAAAAAGGACUAAAAAGCUAUCUAUUUUGUGAUUCCUCCACCAGGACAACAUAUGAGAACCUCUUGUGACUAAGCCUAUACGUUUUCUUAAGAAAUAAUUUAGGUUUAUAAUUCAUAGCCAGUGGGUAAAUUUUUUUUCACAGUAUAGUGCUUACCGCUGUCUAGUUUACACGCUAGAGACUGUAAUUUUGCUAUAGGUUGCUCCAUAAUUUUGUUCCACAAUGCAGCUUCAUAGUUCUUUGGUCCAUUCUGUAAAUCCUAUCAUAUAUUUGAGUUCUGAUGCUGCGUUUAAGUUUCCUAUUUUUCUCAAUAUGGCUGCGGGGUUGUAAGGGUCCUUUCUCUUGUUCAGAAUUAGUUUUUAGGCCAACUAUUUGUCCAGGAUUUUGGUGCAUGGUGUGUAAAUAAUAAUAUGGUUUUAGUUUUGCUUUGUUAUUAUUUCAUUUUA